GAAUGCUAAGGUAGAGACACUCUUUUCCAGGACGAGAAUAGAGAACUGCCCAACUGAAGAGGCACAAGAGGGAAGGCUCCUGCCACCAGAAGUGUGACAUUUCUGCACCAGAACAACUACAACCAGAGAAUGAAAUGGAUGAUGUGCCCUUCUUUGAUAUCCAACUGCCUUACGAAUUAGCAAUCAAUAUAUUUCAGUAUCUGGACAGGAAAGACCUGGGAAGGUGUGCUCAGGUGAGCAAGACGUGGAAGGUGAUUGCAGAAGAUGAAGUGCUCUGGUACAGGCUGUGCCAGCAGGAAGGGCACCUUCCUGAGAGCAGCAUCUCUGAUUAUUCUUGCUGGAAGCUCAUCUUCCAAGAGUGCCGAGCCAAGGAACACAUGUUAAGAACCAACUGGAAGAAUCGCAAGGGAGCUGUGAGUGAACUGGAACACAUUCCCGAUGCAGUUUUGUGUGAUGUGCACUCUCAUGACGGCGUUGUCAUUGCUGGAUAUACAUCGGGGGACGUGCGGGUGUGGGACACCCGCACCUGGGACUACACAGCCCCCUUCCUGGACUCAGAGUAUGAAGAAGAUGAGCCUGGAAUGCAGCCAUAUGUCUCCUUUGUGAGGAUAAACAGCUCGCUGGCGGUAGCAGCUUAUGAGGAUGGAUUUCUUAAUAUUUGGGAUCUAAGGACUGGAAAGUAUCCUAUUCACCGCCUGGAGCAUGAUGCGAGAAUACAGGCGCUGGCCCUCAGCCAGGACGAUGCCACUGUUGCCACAGCUUCUGCUUUCGACGUUGUGAUGUUGCGCCCCAACGAGGAGGGAUAUUGGCAAAUAGCUGCAGAAUUUGAAGUUCAGAAACUGGUUGACUACCUUGAAAUAGUUCCAGAUACUGGAAGGUACCCUGUGGCAGUAGCCACUGCUGGAGAUCUGGUAUACCUGCUAAAGGCUGACGACUCUGCCAGAACCCUCCAUUACGUCUAUGGCCAGCCUGUCACCUGUCUAGAUGUCUCAGCCAACCAGGCUGCUUUUGGAGUGAAGAGUCUUGGAUGGGUGCACGAAGGGAACAAGAUCCUGGUCUACAGCCUGGAAGCGGAGCGCUGCCUCUCGAAGCUGGGGAAUGCGCUGGGCGACUUCACGUGCGUGAGCCUCAGGGACAGCCCUCCCCAUCUCAUGGUCAGUGGCAACAUGGACAGGAGGGUGAGGAUCCACGACCUCCGCACUGACAAGAUCGCCCUGUCGAUCUCUGCCCACCAGCUCGGAGUCUCCGCGGUGCAGAUGGACGACUGGAAGAUCGUCAGCGGAGGCGAGGAGGGCCUGGUCUCCGUGUGGGAUUAUCGGAUGAACCAGAAGCUGUGGGAGGUGCAUUCCAGACACCCCGUCCGCCACAUCGCCUUCAACAGCCACAGCCUCAUCACGGCCCACGUGCCCUACGAGAGGGCGGUGCGCAGUGCCGACCCGGACAGCUUCACCACUCACAGGAGGCACCGGGGUCUGAUCCACGCCUACGAGUUCGCGGUGGACCAGCUAGCCUUUCAGAGUGCUCUGCCCAUCUGCCGUCCGUCCUGUGACACCAUGGCGGGCUGCAGCUACGACCUCGCGCUCACCUUCCCCCACAGCACUGUUUAG